UUUUACAAAGGCGCUGCGCGCCCUUUAAUAAAUAGACCCUUGUAGCUACCCCUAAUCCACUUAUACCCUAGCAAUUUCCUCGGGAGUAGUAGAAUGUUCCAUAUAAUACUUCAUUAUUUGGGAGUGGGGGACAUACUCGCUCAGAAAUGUAGCCAGGCCAAUGAUAAGUCCACAUGUUGUCCAAGAGAGCACCAUAAGGAGCCUGCUCCUUUUUGUGCUUCCUACUAUCAUUGCAAAGCAAACCCCGCAAAAGAAGAAAAGGAAGAAAGGAAAUGUGAAUGAGUAUCCGAAGGCUGACAACCAUAAACCGCUACACAUACCACCUCCUGUAAGUAUUCCAGCUAAAAGCAAUAUAAGAACCCGCUUUCUUUCUCUCUUCAUCCACUGCCACGUGCCAUGGCGGAAGCUAUAUCCACUUCUGGUAAGUGGAGCGUCAAACGAGAUUGAACCGCCAUGGAGCUGUUUUCUAAUUGCAACCUUGAGCUGUUGGUCUGUUAAAGAGCGAGCAUCAAUACCGGCUUCUUUCAAUUCUUUGCCCAUCUUUUCAGCCAUUAUCAAUACUGCCCUCCAGCCUCUAUAUGUCUCUAUUUCUCCUUGGAGAGGUAAUUGGAAUCGAGCCUUAAGCCACAGCAUGUAAGUUCCAAUAGUUCCAAUGGACAAAAAUGCCAGUACCAGAAAUAAUUGUAUACAUGAAAAUCCCCAUUUAAACCGCUAGAAAUCUUGUACAGGCUGACAUCUACCAUUAGCGGCAACGUAGUCAAGACUAUAUGUGUUGUUAGAAUAGAGGAAGGCUGUAUUUGAUAUAUUUGUGAAUUCUCGCGUAUGUCCCGUCCCUGGGUCGCCGGACCAGUCAAAUCCAUAAAAAGACCCGGAUGGAGGUAUGUAAAAGGCUGAUAUAUUCAGCGUUGGGCUU